AUGCCUUUGGUCGCUCCAACUUCUCUCUUUCUUUUCUUAGCUACUACGCUACUCUUGGCAUCCAUUCUCACCUCUCCCAUCCUUGCAGUCCGUUUCCAAGAGCAGCGUCAAGACUUCGACCACCAAGCCCACGCCAAGCCGGGUGGCCCUUACUUCUCAGUCGACUGGAGUGGUGUUGGUUCGGUCCCGGUCACCCUCGACGCUUCCGAAAGCCACACCCACUACUUUGACAUUGGCCCCCCUCCCAUCUCCGGCAACAUCGUCAAGUACGAAUGGUAUUCUACACACACCGGUGCUCUGCUCCUGUCAACAGCGUCACCCUACCUCCAUGCCAAUUUCUAUCUGGGCGUCACUGUUCUCAAACUUAUAGUCACAGAUUCCACAGGUGACCAAGCAGUAGCCUACAGUUAUGUAUCCGUGAGAGCGCCAUUUGCAGAGGAGAACCAGAGCCCCACCGUCAACUGGAUUUCACCUCCCAACGGGCCUGUUGACGGGGGUACAGUUGUCACAGUCUAUGGCGAGGGAUUUUACAAUAGCCCCGUGGUCCUUUUUGACGGCGAAGCUAUCACCCCGGAGGUUGUUAGCACUGUGGAGUUGCGCUUUCGGGCACCGGCGGUUGACGGCCCUCGAACUGUGCAAAUGUCUGUGUCGAACGGCUUUGGGAGUAGCGCGCAAAAAGUCGACUUUCAGUAUGUUGCGUCAGGAGGAAACGAAGUGCGUUUCCGUGAGGACUUUGUCAAGACAGAAUCUGGAGAAAUGUUUAGCAUUCCAGAGAUUACCUCCCUUAAGCUCGGGCCUGACGCUUCGUACUACGCGGGCUCCUUGAGUGGAUAUAUACAUGUCUUCAGGAUUGAUCGGUCCCUGACCGUCAAGAGUUCAUGUCGAUCUGAUAACGCAGGCCCCGGACGAUCAAUUCUCGGACUCGCGUUUCAUCCAAACGAGCACUGGCCACUGAAGCUGUACGUGACUACGUCGACAUUAGACUGGCCGGAAAAGUUUACGGGCGCUGACUGGAACAACGGACAGGUCGAAGUAUGGAGUCGUAUGAGCAAAGCAAAUUGCCUGUCCAGGGCAAAUGUUCUCAUCACUGGCCUUCCGGUAUCAGCGGAUGACCAUGGCGUAAACAGCCUUCUAUUCAAAUCUGAUGGAAUGCUUCUUGUCGCUGUUGGUGGAUCUACGAACGCCGGGGUGCAUGUGAAUGACAAGACUGGCGGUAUACCCGAGUCACCUCUUAGUGGAGCCAUUCUGAUGUUCAACUUGUUCAAUGAGACUUUUGAGGGCGACAUUGCCUACUCGAACUUCUUUGACCCUGGCAUCACAAACGUGCAGUCAGGCAGUGUCUCGAUAUAUGCUUCGGGACUACGCAAUGUGUACGGGAUGGCUGUUCAUUCAAACGGGAAGGUUUAUGCGAUGGACAACGGACCAAAUAAUGGGUUUGGCGUUGCCGCGACGGGAUGUAACACUGUGGGUGGGCAAGUAUGGAGCCAAGACAAAUUGCUUUGCAUCCAGGAAGGGUCAUUCUAUGGACAUCCCAACUGGAACAGAGGCAGAUACGACCCGCGGCAAUGCUCAUAUGUAAGCCCCAACACUCCAAGUAGCGAGGGAUACACGAGACCGAUGGCGAUGGUUGAGAGUUCUACGAAUGGAAUACUUGAGUACACAGCCAAUACGUUCAAGUCAAGUCUUCGCGGAGAACUUUUGUUGAGUAAGCUUUCGUGGAGCGGGAAUGGUAUUCUGUUUCGAGCAAAGCUCAACGAAGAUGGAACUGGGCUCGUUGAACUCCCGCAAGAAUUGCAUGCAGAUUCCGGUCUGUCCAUUGAAAUGGGUGCUUAUGGUGAGCUACUGAUGCCAAAGAUCAAGCAAGCAAGCAUACUAGCGUUAGUGCCUGACGAGGAGUUUGAAGAUCAGCUCAAUGUGAUCGCCGUCGUCCCGCGGAGGGGGCCAUCGUUUGGUGGAAACACCGUUCUGGUGACUGGAAGCGGGUUUGAGAGCGGGGUGAGGAUAUAUUUUGGAGAGCUAGAAUGUACGUCUUAUGGGACCUUAGCGGAUGACGGUUCGAGCAUUGAAUGCCAGGUGCCGAGAUACUCUGUUGGGAGUCGAAUCGUGGACGUGGUCGCUAAAUACGAGAGUCUACAAAGCCAUCCAUCUAAGCUUGGAGAGUACGAGUACAUGAAGUGGUAGGAAAAGGUUUGGCUGGCAGAAGUCGUAAUGCGACGGGUCGUCGUGUUGAGGCGAUUUCGAUAGCAAUCCAUUUGUAACCAAACCAUGCCUUGAUCGCGCAACAUAACUUUACGAGGCCGAUAAGUUCCUCGCUGUAAAUAUGGGCAGAUGCCACUUUGUGCUUCA